CCCCAAAAAGUGCCUCUGACUUCCUCAUGCAGCACAUUCUGCAGAAUGAGGUCGUGGGUCACGCUUCUCUUUGCCGUUUCUCUGCUGCAAUCAUGUGAAGCACGAGAGAGCAGAGUGACUGAUGUGGUGAUGCAGGAGGGAAAAGAUCUGAUCCUGGAGGUUCAUGAUGAAGUUCCUGAGGAUUUCGACUCUCUUUACUGGAGAUUGAACAACACGGUCAGUCUAGUAGGAUUUUUACCUGGUAAAAAAACAAAAACAUCUUCUAACUUUACUGGAAGGAUUGAGUUUCCUGGGAACAGAUUCUCUGUGAAACUGAAGAAUCUCCAGCUGGCAGACAGCGGAGUUUAUACUGCAAGAGUGUUCACGUUUGAUGGAGACCAACGUCUAGAUGAAUACGAGGUCACAGUUCAAGCUCCAGUGUCUCCAGUUAAGCUCUCCGUGGUCUCCAGAAGCUCCGCCUCCUGUAACCUCACCGUGAGCUGCAGCACAACACGUGACUCUCACAUCAUCAGCAGCACUUUCACAUGCGCCGACGGGGCCUGCGGUCAGGAGGGAGGAGGCCGGUCGGAGGUCACGACCCCCGGCGCUUCUCUCCGGCUCUACCUGUUGAACGGCUCCAUCGUCUGUCACCAUAGCAACCAGGUUCACUGGACCCAGGCCUCUGAAGGGAUCCGACACGUCUGCUCCCAAUACGCCGCCGGUAGCCGGGUCCAUGGGACUGCGGCUGGCAUCUCGGUCCUCCUCCUCCUCCUCCUCUUCCUCCUGCUCGGCCUGUUUCUUUAUUGUCGAAAGAGAAAGAACUAUAAAAGACAAAGCGUCGUCGGUACUGUUUACGACAUUCCUCUGGCGCCAACCAGACCCCGACUUCAGGACCCGAGUCCAACAGACGAGGCUUCAGGUCUUUCUCCCACCUCCACCUACAGCUUGGUGGGAGCUCACACUGGACCCCUGGACCCCCGCGAGGCCCGAGGCCCGGCUCGGGUGGAGAGCCCGUACGCUCGGGUGGAGAAGACCCCCCGCUCCGUCAACAAUUAACCAGCAAUUUGUAUUCCACACGCUGCAAAUCCUAAAUUGUACGGUUAUAAUUAAGUGUCCUGUUUGGAUGGAAGGAAACAGGAAAACAAGUGUGAAGGCUUGAAAAAGUUGUAUUUUUCUAUUUGUAUAAUAUUAGGGCUGUCAAUCGAUUAAAUUAGUUUUACUAAUUAAUCGCACAUUUUGAAAUUAAUUAAUCGCGAUUAAAAGUUUGUUUUCCUUCUUUUUAAAGACCAAACUUCACACAGAGCUGUGUUUUCAAAGAGGCUCCUACCUAUAAAGUGCCAGCGAGGUAUUUAAUAUUGUGGAUGAUAAAUUGUUUCUUCAGUGAAACAUCAGAUUAGUAAAAAAAAAGAAGUAUAUUGAGACCCCAUUGGUCCUGUCAUCUUUACCACUGAACAGCAGAACCAGUGGCCUUGGUGACUGACUGACAUUCACAUAUGUCACGUUAACCCUCUGGAGGCUGGGGGCAUUUUAUACAUUUUAUAAAAAAUGUAAAUUCACCUUUUAAAGGCGUUUGCAUGUGACACACCCCCACGUGUUCUACAUCAAACAUUCCAGAACAAUCUCAUCUCUAUUCAAUGAGGCUCAGUUGUCCUGGUGCCGUGUCCUCUGGUUCUCUGACUGACAGGCUGCUCAAGAGCCUCACAUGUGUGGUGGGAGGUCCUUUGUGAUUUACUGAGUGUUCAUUGGUUGUAUUUUUCCCAAAAUGUUGACAGACAAACGGAUUGACCAAUCACGGUGAAGGUUUCGUGUGACGAGUUCUUUCCGCGCCGCGUCCCCCGACACGUCGCCCCUCCGUUCCUCUGUGUAUCAGAGGGGGAGACGGAGGAAGGAGGAGCAGGAGGAAACCCGACUGAUUCAUUCAAGAUUUCAAGAUUCAAGAUUCAAGAUGUUUUAUUUGUCACAUACACACACAGGGUGUGCAGUGAAAUGAAGGUGGCAAUGCUCAGCAGGAAUGUGCAAGGGCAACAAGUACACACUAUUUACAAAUAAAAAACACAAUAUUUACA